AUGAGCAGCGCGGAUGAGAACAGCGAGGGCAGCGGGGUGCAGAGGUUUCUCGAGGACAUCUCAUCGGAUUUUGGUCUCGUCAAUUUCGAUGGGAAGUCAUUGGCGAAGGGCGGCGACUGCAAGGCCGACGUGCAAGCGGAUGUGGACCGCGUGUGCAAGGCGGCCCUCGAGAGACGCAGCGGCAGCGGCCUCGGCAUGCUGCUCGCGACGGAUGUGUUCUGCUUGGUGAACCGAGCACGGGGCACGGCGCUGGUGUCCCCAGAGGAGGUCAUGGGCGCCCUGCGCGCCAGCUCGCGAGCGGGGGGUCCCCUGAGACUGCGGGAGCUGGGCGCCACCGGGGCGAUCGCCGUAUCGCUGUCGAGGACCACAUCGGGGCGAGGCGGAGGGUGA